GUAGCGUCAAGCAGGCGGCUCGAACAGAGCCGGCGGCGGCCCAGCUCGACGCGGGCGCCAGGAAGCUGCCGCCUGGCGCGCCGCUGGAGGGGCCACGCCGACCGCCGCCACGGCCUCGGUCUGGUGCCAUGGGCGAGGUGGUGCGGCCGGCGAGUGAGGACGGCGCCCCCGCGCACACUGCCGAGAUGGUGGAGGCUGCGCUGGACUCCCUGAAGCGAGCCAGGGAGGAGCGUGCGCAGUGCCGGCGGGUGCUGGAGGCGGCGAGCCUCUCGACGCGGCAGCUGGAAGCGAGUGUCGCUGGGUGGACGGCCCAGCUGCAGGCCGCGCACGACUCCCUGCGGCGGGCCGCGGAGGGCAGCGCGCGGAGCCUCCGGCUGCUGGGAGAGGCGGCCUGCUCGACGCGCCAGCUGCAGGCCCGUCUCUCCGAGCGGACGGCGGAGCUGGAGGCCGCGCAGGACGCCCUGAGGCGAGCCGCGGCGCAGCGCGCUCGGAGCCAGCGGCUGUUGGAGGAGGCGCAGGCCGCUCCAGCGGCGCAGAACCGUCACGACCGCGAGCCUGCGAGGCCGCAGGAGGAGCGGCACGAGAGCGAGCACCCCCGGGGGGAACGGCAGCUCCGGAUGCAUGUCGACCGCCUCUGCCAGCCGCCGCCGGUUGCCGCACCAUCUGCUGGGGCUCUCUCGGCUGCCGAGACGUUGGAGGAUGUCAUGCAGAGGUGCGCGAAGCAGGCGCGAGACGAGCAGCACGCAGAUGACGAGAGCGGGUGCUCAACGGCGGCCGGGGGUCCAUCGUGGGAGGUGGCGGACUGGCUGGCCUCGCUAGACCUCAUGGACAUCAUCGCUAGCGUGCUCGCGAGGCCCGUCCGGCAGGAGCCCCAGCUGCAGCUCCGCUACAUGUGCAACCUCGGCCGCGAGCCGAGACUCCAGGAGGUGGUGCGCAGCGUUGUGAGGGACGUGCAGUGUGAUCUCGCGGACAGCGUCGCUGAUCGCGCGAGGGAGCUCAGCGCGGCACGCGCGGCGGGCGGAGACGAGGUGGUGCGAGGCGUGGCGAGGGCGAGGGCGAAGCGGGGCGCGGACCGCGGGGCUUCGAGGGCCGGGGCGAGAGGAAGCCCAGCGGGGCGGGGCGGAGCGCUGCUCGCUGGCGUGCUCGGCAGAAUCUCCGACGCCGCCGAGGCCAGAGGAGGCUGCUCGGAGCGAGCACAGCGGCGCCUCGGACUCGCACGGAGAAGCGACGUGAGGUAACUGCGGCCUCGGGGGCGACAACAAGCGAUUGGGGGCAGCGGUGCCGCUCUGGAGGGCCGAGCGAUGGCUCGUCGCGGUCGUCGCGGAAUGGGGGGGCGACGCCCUAUCCUGGUCGCCCCCGGCGAGGGCCGGAGGGUGCCGGGCGAGCCCGGCGCUCCAGCGCUGAGCCCGGGGCUGCGGCCGCCGACCGCAGGGGCCUCGGGAGCCGCGGGCCCCGCCUCGGCGCGGAGGCGGCGCCGAGGCGGCGGAGAGGAGCGCCGAGGCGGCAGGCGGGGCUGGCCAGCCGCGUGUCUGGCGCCAGCGCACGGGCGGGGGCUGCCGGCCCUGGAUCGGGGGAGGAAGAGCCGCCCGAACACCCCGACGACAUCAGCGUUUGCAUACCGAGCGGCCCCUGGGCGCUCACCGAGCAGCCCCUGCCCUCUUCGGCUCCUUCCCCAGGGGCGGCGGAGAGGAGCGCCGAGCUUGCAGGUGGGGCUGGUCAGUCGCAUGUCUGUCCCUCGCGUGGGCGGGGGGCUCUCGAAAGCUCGAGUCCCCGAAGGACAAGGUCGAGGGUCCGCAGGUCCGCAGGGAGCUGAUUCGGCUGAACCGCGUGCCCGUCGUGAGUCCGGCUAUGUAGAAGAGGCUGGAGUUACCGCCGGGCACUGACUACUGAAGUGCAUCCAGGAGUC